AGUUUGCCCGUGACCACUCCACUCCACCCAUUGGCAAGUCAAUAAACUGCACGUCCGAGUCUCCUGAGAUGACCCUUCUUUCCCAGAAGCCCAGUUGCCUUGCUCAGUCCUCCUGCCCUUCUUGGGGAUAGAUUUCCCAUCUCCAGUUUCCAGAGGCAAGGACCAUUCACAACAUGAAAUCAGGAAACCUCUCAGAUACUAUGGGAUUCCUCCUCCUGGGACUGUCAGAUGACCCAGAGCUGCAGCCCCUCCUGCUCUGUCUGUUCUUGUCUAUGUACCUGGUCACCACUGGGAACCUGCUCAUCAUCCUGGCCAUUAUCUAUGACUCCCACCUGCAUACCCCCAUGUACUUCUUCCUUUGCAACCUGUCCUUUGUCGACAUCUGUUUCACCUCCACCACCAUCCCAAAGAUGCUGGUGAACAUCCAGACACAGAGCCAAGCCAUCAGUUACCCAGGCUGCCUCACCCAAAUCUGCUUUGUCCUGACUUUUGCUGGAUUGGAAAAUGGAAUUCUGAUAAUGAUGGCCUAUGAUCGAUUUGUGGCCAUCUGCCACCCACUGAGGUACAACGUCAUCAUGAGCCCCAAACUCUGUGGGCUGCUGGUUCUGCUGUCCUUUCUAAUCAGUGUUCUGGAUGCCCUGCUCCACACUUUGAUGGCACUGCGGCUGUCCUUCUGCACAAACCGGAAAGUUACCCACUUUUUCUGCGAAUUAGCUCAUAUUCUCAAACUUGCUUGUUCUGAUGUCUUCAUCAAUAAUGUCUUUGUGUAUUUAGUGACCAGCCUGUUGGGUGUUGUUCCUCUCUCUGGGAUAAUUUUCUCUUAUAUCCGAAUUGUCUCCUCCAUCCUGAAAAUCCCAUCAGCUAGUGGAAAGUAUAAGGCGUUUUCCAUCUGUGGGUCACACUUAAUAGUUGUUUCCUUGUUUUAUGGGACAGGUUUUGGGGUCUACCUUAGUUCUGCAGCUACUCACUCUUCCAGGAAAAGUGCAAUAGCAUCAGUGAUAUACACAGUGGUCACACCUUUGAUGAACCCAUUUAUCUACAGUCUGAGGAACAAGGACAUGAUUGGGGCUUUGAGUAAGCUUGUCUCUAGAAUAACAUGUAUUCAUUGAUAGGUAACUGUUUUGGGAUUACACUGUUAGAAUAUGACAGAGAGAAAUAAAUAGAGACCUAGAAAACCUAACCAACUUCUUUGAAUACACCAAACCAGAGGUCAACAAGUUAAGGGUAGAAUUUUGGAAUCAGACCCUCUGAGUUUAAAUUCUCCCUCUGUUAAGCC